UUAACUAUUUACUUUCUGUUUCUAGAUUAAGAACAAAACUUCAUAAAUAUGCCAACUGUAAUACUUCUAGACGUUUCAUUGUCUAUGGCAAGACAAGUGAACUGUUCAGACAAGUCAAAUCGCUUAAUAGAUCUUGCAAGUGGAGGCCUGAUCAACUUUUUCGAUCAACUUUCAGUCGAUUGUAAAUUGGAAUAUACAGCAUUUGUUGUGUUUUCGUCGUUGUAUGAAAUUUUAGUAAAGUUCACAAGAGAUAUAACUGUAUUGAAGAAUGCAUGUUUGUCACUAGAUACUUAUGAUAAAACUGUAUUUGAAUCCGCCUUUCAAUGUGUUGAGACGUUAGUUACAGAAGAGUGGGGUUUGUCCGUACCCAUUAAUCUUGUGUUGAUCACAGAUGGUUGUAGUGGCAUUGGUGAUGGAUCAUUGAAAGAAUCACUGAGAACUAUGUCUUCUCGAAAUGCUGAUUCUCAAUUUCCUAUACCAUUUUCAUUUCCUUGUCAUUUAAGUAUUAUUUGUUUAUCAAAGGAUUGUGAAGCAGAAAAAGACUAUUUAAAACAGCUUAUCUCACUGAAUAACGAGAGAGGGGAGUUAAUUCUCCCAGAUAGCGUGUCAGAGGUAGGUGUAGCACGAUGUUUUAGUAAAUUAUUAAACAUCCACUAUAAUCGAUAUGAAGCUGCUCUUCAAUGUGGUCAUUUUUUAUCCACCAUCACACUGUCGCCAGCACCGAAUUUUCAGAACUCUCUACCAGCUGUUAUGAAUACUUACCACCAUGAACAUGAUGUUGUUGAUGUUACUAAACUAAAGUUGGGCUCUGUUUUAAAUAUUAUUGGAUUUAUGGACCUACAGGACAUCUGUAAUCCACCUUACAUGUCCAGACAUGUGGUGCUACCCGUUGUUUCAGUAUCACAAGAUUGUAAAAGCAUGCAAAAAGAUGCAAUUAGUUUUCAGCCUUCGUUUUGUGUAUUGUUGCAUGGUAGUUUGAAGAUGAAAAAAAUGGGAGCUAUUGUAAAACUCGGUGAAGACUGGUAUGGAAUGUUAUACUCAUGGGCUGACAACAAAAAGAAAUCGACAUUAAUGCUUUCCGUCUUUGAACCAAAUCAACCGUUUCCAUGGCUGGGAUUACUGAAGAAUCUAGGACCUGCCUACGAGCUAAAUACUAUCCCGUAUCAAUUGGAUGCUAAGGAGGAUACUGAAGAAACACCGUUUCCUGUGCCUCCUCCUGGGAGACGGAGUUAUCAUCUGCAAAGUAAUGCUGUAUGGAUUAAGUCUUCUGGCCUACAGUCUGACUUACAGAAGCUGCUGAGAUAUGCGAAGAAGUUGCCAGAAAAGCAAUCAGCCUUCUUUAAGGAAGUAAAUAGAAUUAGACGAGCUGGUGUCAUUUACGGUUUUCACGAAUUGCUCUACGAGCUUGCUACGACUCUUGAAAGCGAAGCUGCUCGAAUGUCACCGGAAGCAAUCGUGCAGUUGCGUCAUGUAGCCGAAGGUUUGAGAAACGCUACACAUAGGGAAGUUAAUAAGAACAUCAUUGCUAUCAACAUGUUUCGUAAGAAAUCAACAGACACGUAAAACUACUACUUGUUUUUAUUUUGAUACAUGUAUAUACAAAUAAAUAAAAAAAAUAUCAAGCUUCGUUCCUUCA